AAGAGAUCAGUUAAUUACGUGCUCUGUGCAGAGUGAGGCAGACUCGAACGGUUCAACCAAGCUGACCAUAGACAUUAUAUGUGCAUUUAAGUAAAUGCUUUAUUUAUUUUGCAAAUAAUACAUUUUUAAAGUAAUUUCUGCAAACAUUGUGAACAUAGUUUAGAGUAUUUUUUUGUUUAGUAGAGAAUCAAAGUUGCGCUAAUUUAAAAAAAAGCUUGCAUUCCGUUUCAAAAAUGUUUUCAUUAUUCUUUUGCGCCGGUUUUUUGCUUGUACCUUUACUCACCGAAGCUAGGGUCUCCAAACGAUACGUCAUCGGUUGUCCAGAUCGCUGUGACAAGUCGCGAUGUCUCCCUAUCCCGGCUGAUUGCUUGGCCGGCGAUAUACUGGACCAGUGCGACUGCUGUCCGGUUUGUGCAUCUGGAGAGGGUGAAAUAUGUGGUGGUACAGGCAGAUUAGGCGACCCGGAAUGCGCAGAGGGGCUGGAAUGCUCGGUGUCGGACGGAGUAGGCAACACCGCAACAGUCAGAAAGCGAGGCAAGAGUGGCGUGUGCGUUUGCAAAAGUUCCGACCCUGUAUGCGGCAGCGAUGGCGUCUCCUAUCGAAACGUAUGCGAACUGAAAAGGGUUAGCGGUCGGGCGCAAAAACUGCAGCAGCCACCUGUCAUCUUUAUCCAAAGAGGAGUCUGCGGGCAAGGUCAGGAGAAUCCAGACAGCCUGAGGCACAGAUACAACUUCAUUGCUGAUGUCGUGGAGAAGAUCGCACCUGCCGUGGUCCAUAUUGAACUGUAUCGCAAGAUGGUGUUUUCUAAGAGGGAGGUGGCAGUGGCCAGCGGGUCAGGCUUUGUGGUGUCGGAAGACGGCCUCAUCGUGACAAACGCCCACGUGGUGGCCAACAAGCACCGGGUGAAGGUGGAGCUGAAAAGCGGCGCCACUUACGACGCCAAGAUCAAAGACGUGGAUGAGAAGGCGGACAUCGCCCUCAUCAAGAUCGACACCCCGAUGAAGCUUCCGGUCCUGCUGCUGGGCCGUUCGGCUGACCUGAGGCCGGGCGAGUUCGUGGUGGCCAUCGGGAGCCCCUUCUCCCUGCAGAACACCGUCACCACCGGCAUCGUCAGCACCACCCAGCGCGGGGGCAAGGAGCUCGGCCUGCGCAACUCCGACAUGGACUACAUCCAGACGGAUGCCAUCAUCAACUACGGAAACUCAGGAGGCCCUCUGGUGAAUCUGGACGGGGAAGUCAUUGGGAUCAACACUCUUAAAGUUACUGCUGGAAUCUCCUUUGCCAUCCCCUCCGACAAGAUCCGGCAGUUUCUAGCCGAGUCACAUGACAGGCAGGCCAAAGGGCAAGCGGCACCAAAGAAGAAGUACAUUGGCGUAAGAAUGAUGACUCUUACUCCAACACUGGCCCAGGAGCUGAAGGAGCGACAGAAAGACUUCCCCGAUGUCACGUCGGGGGCAUACGUCCUUGAGGUCAUCGACAAAACACCAGCUGCAUCUGCCGGCUUGAAGGAGAGCGACGUCAUCAUCAGCAUCAACGGGCAGCACAUCUCUUCCGCCGGCGACGUGAGCAGCGCCAUAAAGACGGACGACACGCUGCGGCUGGUGGUGCGGCGCGGGAACGAGGACGUCCUGCUCACCAUCGUCCCCGAGGAGAUCGAGCCUUGACCACUCCCCUCGCCACGAGCUGGUUCUCAGUGUCUCACUAUGGACCCUCGCUGGGUGUGUCUGGAGCCACGCCCACUUUAGAAUUGUAACCAAUAGUCUCUCUCUCCCUGCGGCCUGGCAGGGCUGAAAACUCCACCUCCAGGAACUGAACUGUGUGCAGGGAAAAACACAACCAUAUUUUAGACCCUCAGCUAUCUGUGUAUUUUACUUUUUUGCCAUGUAUGCUUCAGAAGCCAGUAGUACUGUCACCUAAUCCAGCCCCAGUGACCAGUGUUUCCUUAUUCCUUCUCCUGUUUCAUUUUUUAUACUGUACUUAAUUUCUAAUUUCCCAGUGGAACCCACCAGUCUAUUGAGAAGUGGAGAAGCAGAAAGAAGAGUGGGCAUUGCAGGCUACCGUAGUUUUUUACGUUUUUUUUGUUGUUGUUGUUGUUGACGUGUUUUUGUUUUCUUUUGGCCGACAAAAGGGAAAGGGAAAUAAAAUAUUUUAAUAGUCUA